AAUCUCCUACGAAUUGAUUAGGUUUAGGGUUUUAUCAAGCGGCUGCAUAGCAUCUCCCUCCUCAGACCCUUCUCCGAAGCCGGAAUUUUCUUCACUCAGCAAACAUGGGGAAGACACGUGGUAUGGGAGCUGGACGCAAGUUGAAGUCCCACCGUAGGAGGCAAAGGUGGGCUGACAAGGCUUAUAAGAAGUCCCAUCUUGGAAAUGAAUGGAAGAAACCUUUUGCUGGUUCAUCCCAUGCUAAAGGCAUAGUGCUUGAAAAGAUAGGUAUUGAGGCCAAACAACCAAACUCUGCCAUUCGUAAAUGUGCUAGGGUUCAACUCAUCAAGAACGGGAAGAAAAUUGCUGCAUUUGUCCCGAAUGAUGGUUGCUUGAACUACAUCGAAGAAAAUGAUGAGGUGUUGAUUGCUGGAUUUGGUAGGAAGGGUCACGCCGUGGGAGAUAUCCCCGGUGUUAGGUUCAAGGUUGUGAAGGUUUCUGGAGUCUCUCUCCUGGCUCUCUUCAAGGAGAAAAAGGAGAAACCAAGAUCUUAGAUUGUGGAAUCCUCCUGAGCAUCUUAGUUUGAUGAUAACAAUAGAGAUGAACUUUUUGUUGUGUCGAGUUUUUGUUUGGUUAAAACUUUCCUAUCUAUUUACUGUACUCGAAUUUUGUUGUCUAUUUAAUUAAAAUAUUCAUCUAAAUCAAGUUGCAGUGUUCUCUCA